UGUUGACACUGAGAGGUCUUGGCCACUGUUUGAGUAAUGUGGGUCUGCCCCUGUGGAGCAGCCAGACCCCCUUUGUUCAGCAACAAAUGUUUUUCCUCCUUGGAGCAGAACACACAGCAGAUGCAGCCCGAGGAUGCAACAGCUGUACAGAUGCAAAGGGACUAUGAGAAGCUCAGCUUCAUAUCUGGGACCCUCCAGAAGGACUCUGAACAAAAGCAGAAAGAAAUCAAAAUGCUGUUCCAGUCUCUGGAGAAGCUGCAGAAGGAGAAGGCAGAUCAGCAGGACAUGCUGGCAGCAAUGGACAUGAAGGCGGACAAAGCUGCCUUGGGCAGCAAAGUCAAUUGCAGCCAGUUUGAUGUCACUAUGGAGCGUCUGGAUGAGAGGAUGGAGGAGUUGCAGAGCCAGAUUUCAGGCCAGGAGCAGCACUGGAAUAAUACGCAGCAGCAGUUCAGUGAUGCAAUGGAGGAGAAGCUGGAUCGCCUGGAGCUGAAGACUUUCCGUAACCAGAUGGAGGAGACCUGGAAGAGAAGUAUUGAGGAGCUCAGGAAUGAGAUGAAGCAGGGUGACAGUGGUGCUGGGAUUAAGAAGUGAGUGUGAUGGAGACACUGAUGGCUUUUUGGGGAGAGCGAUGGUCCCAUUCCCUCCAGCUCUCCCACACACUGCCCCUCUGGUCCCCUGCCACGGCACCAAUUCCACUGCUAAAUGAACCUCAGGGAAGCUGAUGAAGCAGCUGCACCUUCUCCUUCCACCAGCAGCGGGUUGCACACAGGCAAGGAAGAACAAGGAGAGGGCACCUGCAGGACAGAGCCUUCCCAAAG